AUGCAGGGAAACUCUACAGUUCUUUACCCAGUGGAUCCAGAGAGACAGACUAGUGGGUCCUACCUGAGCACUCUCCUUCCGCGGCAGUGGAAGUCGGAAUUCCGUGUAAGGCCAUGGCCUCCGAGCAAUCACCACUCGCCGCCGCCGCCGCCGCCUGCUCCCACCACCGUAAUCGAUCUCGGCGACGAUCUCCUCCGCGAAAUCUUCCUCCGCCUCCCCUCCCUCCCGAGCCUCGUCCGUGCCGCCCUCAGCUGCCGCACCUUCCUCAACGCCGUCCGCUCGUCCCCCGUCUUCCGCCGCAGCUUCCGCGCGGCCCACCCACCCCCUCUCCUCGGCUUCUUCUUCGACCCCGACGGCCCCGCCAUCCCUGCCUUCGCCCCCGUCCGCCGCCGCUCCGACCCUGACAGCGCAGCCGCCGUCCGCGGCGCCGAUUUCUUCUUCACCCGCCUCCCCGACGACGACAACGCCUCCCCUGGGUGGCUCGUAUGCGACUGCCAGGGAGGCCACGUGCUCCUCUGCAACAGAAGGACGGGACAGUUCGCCGCCUACAACCCCCUCACAGGGGCCCUGGAUCUCAUCCCUCCGACGCCCAACGAGUUCUUCGACGACGGCCACGGCCUUACCUCGCACCUCGAUUGCUUCAUCCUCGCCUCCGAAGAGGGCGACGGGCCGUUCCGCCUUGUCACUAUCUGUCACGACGAGUCGCGGGUGCGCGCCUCCGUCUUCUCGUCAGAUAGCAGGGAGUGGCGGAUCCUCCCGUGGUCUGAGGCUGUGGAGCCACUGCCUGAAGACGAACACUGGCUUAAAGUUGGCACGAUGGUGAAUGGGUCCAUCUAUUGGAUACAAGCAAAUGAAGCCGGCUUGCUCGUGCUGAACACCGCAACGCUACAAUUCUCUCAGAUGGAUCUGCCACCCUUCUUGGAAGGAAAAACUCACCUUGUGUGGCCUGGCAUGGCCAAGGACGGGAGGCUUUGUAUCGUUUGCCCAGUUGAUUUUGGUAUCCAUGUUUGGUUCUGGCGAGCCGAUGAGAAAGGCUUCGAGAGAUGGAUGCUAGACAAGAAGUUUCAGUUAGAGUUAAAGUCGAUUGUUGAGGCCACUGGGCGUUCACUAGAAGAUGUUGAGCUGCAUAUUGUGGAUACUGUCGAUGGGUUUGUGUACUUCUCUACCGGUGAAACGUUCCAUAAUGUUCACGCUCCUUCGUGGUUCCUGUCUUUGUGCAUGGAGACGGCGAAGCUGGACAAGCUCUUUGAGAAGAGAUGUGACAGCCAUGUCCGGCCCUACAUCAUGGCAUGGCCUCCCUCUUUGGUAAAUAACAAGUUGUGCCCUCUACUUGAAGGAGAAGGUGCUUGAUGGAAUUCUGGCAAGAAGGUCUUUGUUUUAUAAAACUGGGAUCAGUAUACUGCAUCUUUUGGAAGAUUGUUGCAACUACAACAGCAUGGAUUAAAAGGGAAGGUCAGACUGUAGUUUAAGUGUAGUUUAUUGUUUAUAUGUGAUAUACCUCCGCGGCGCUUUUAUUUAACAGGAUUAAAAUCUCUUUGAAACUGGUGAAUAAACUAUUGCUCCUUGGGCACCCUGGCCCUGUUUUGUGCCCUCCAAUUCCUGUUUUACACUUUUAGGCUAGGAGGAGGAAGAUGCAAGUAGAUGGGCACUGAACAAAACUGGUGUUCUUCCAGCUCAGUCAAUGUUUGUGCCUCUGGAAAGUAGUUAGGUUUAAUUGGCCACAUAAGAAGAACCUUUGGUUUGUUAGAGCACCACUAAAAGUAGAACCUGUUUCUGGCUUGCUGUUAGGAAAAUAAUCCUAACUAAAAACAAUUUGGUUAAAAGGGUUGUGUUGGUGGUACUAAAUGAAUGUUUUGUAGCAAUGCAGAGACUGUGGAUCGUCUCUUCUUGGCCUGUGCCGUGUCUCUAAAGACAAUUUGGUUAAAAGGGUUGUGUUGGUGGUACUAAAUGAAUGUUUUGUAGCAAUGCAGAAACUGUGGAUAAUCUUUUCUUGGCCUGUGCCGUGUCUCUCUUUUGUUUGGGGGCGGGGACUUAGAGAAAUGUGUUGCUGGUUUGGCUAUGUCCCCAUGAGGCUUCUCUGAUAUUAGUGGCUGGAUCCUUCGUUUUCAUGGUAAAGAUAGACAUUUGGUAGUUGUGGGCUUUGCGUUGUAAUCUGUUCUACUCCGUAUAUGGAAGACUAGGAACAAAAACAUCUUUUGAUCAUGUUUACUCGCAUGAUCCAACAAAUGUGGAUAACUCAUUUGUUGUAUUGGUGUGGCAAGCAGACACAAGGCAGGCGGUAGCAGCAGCACAGCGUCUGAGAUCAGCAAACAGGCGUCUGGAGUUGGUUAAACCAUGAGGUGAUGUUCUUCCAAGGCUGUCAAUGAUCUGAGUAAUAGCAGCGCUGUAGUUACGAACUGUUCUGUAACCUGUCGGUACUAACCUUUCUGGUUGUUGCGAUCCUUCUAGCUUUUGUUAGGGUAGGUACUAGAGUAUAUGCAUGGAUGCGGUUUGCGCUUUGUUGUUUCGUCGGCCUUCUUUUUAAAAUUGAACCUGGAUGUUAACCUGGAUGUUUGUCUUGUACUCUUGUUGGUUUCGUCGAUGUUUGUUCUCUUAUCGGGUUUCGUUCCGAAACUUUAGUCCUUUACCCAGGAUAAAAAGGUCUAUCGUCAGUGGUAAAUAUGGCCUCGACGGAUCUCAUGGUAUCUUCGCAGCCCGGAUGUUUGCAGGCAUAUUGCAGAUUUGUACUCUAGUAACCAUUCUUCAUGAAUUGUACUAUUAUAGUUCUUGUAGGAUCUUUGAGAUAGGUUUGACCGAAGAAUGUGCUAUGCUUUCUGAUUUUAGCAAGUUUUGAUUUGUUUCAGGGUGUUAUAUUAGUUUUUUUAGGGUUUGGGUUUUUUUCUUAUUUCAAAGUGUAACAUAAUAUU